AUGUUAUUGUCCCGCUCCCUCCGAACUGCCCGCUUCAGCGCUGUCUCGCCUCUAGCAUUUCCCAUACGCACAUUUACCACUACAUCAGUCUCUCUAGCAAAGGCUCUUCCUCCUCGGCCGAAACCUCCACCUGAGUCUGAGAUAGAAGAAUCAUAUGUCAAGGGCAGUGGUCCCGGCGGUCAAAAGAUUAAUAAAACCAACUCCGCCGUUCAGCUCAAACAUGUACCCACUGGGAUUGUCGUCAAGUCGCAAGCAACCCGAUCGAGAGACCAGAACCGAAAACAUGCUCGUGAAUUGCUUGCCCAGCGUGUCGACGACCUCCACAACGGUGACCAGAGCCGAUCGGCUAUUGUUGGUCAGGUAAAGCUGAAGAAAGCAUCAAGUGCUUCCAAAAAGAGCCGUAGGAAAUACAAGAAGCUUGAGGAAGAGAAGGCUGCUGCAGCUGCUGAGGUGCAGCCAGAGACAAUACCUGAUGCCACAGAGGGGGUGAGCGCACAUGCAAACGAUACAGAGAGCGCCCAAGCUCCUCAGCCUCUUGAUACUCAAAGUAAUAGGCCUGCGUGA